AAUGGAACUUACAACUUUGCCUAAAUUCCUUUGGACAAGUGACAACAAGCUUCUGCAUCACCAUUUUCCAGACAUACUGGCUACUGUUCAUACCACACAAGACAUCCCCAAAGAAGUUGUUUUUGGACCAUGCAUGCUCCAGAACACCCUGCUGGACACUGUAGCUUUCAUUGCCCUCAAGUGUUCUGAUAGACGGAACGUUCACUAUGUAUUUAAGGUGGAUGUCACAUCUGUGCACAGUCCCACAGGACUGCCUUGGAUGAGACUCGUGCAAGCAGCUGCCAACAGCAAGGAGCAGAACUUGGAAGCUUACUUAGAAAACAGUCAGUUAUACUAUCGCUCUACCAGGAAAAUCAAUAAAAAUGAGGAACUGCUUGUCUGGUAUGAUGAGGAGCUUUCCAGCCUCUUGGGUUUCAACGAGAUAAAAGCUCAGAGUCCCCAGAAUGAGUUGAGAUGUCAAGAAUGUGACCGAGUCUUUAAAUGUGAGCAUUCCUAUCUGUCCCAUGUCCGCUUCCUCUGUGUCCCAGAGAAGACCGCUCUCCUGUGGAGAAACUUCCAGAGCCCUAAAACUGAAAACAGCAACCUAGCUGAACAGACCACAAAUUUCCACAGUCUGGCAAGAGACCUGGAAGUCAAAAUGGCAGCUUACAAAGGUGAUGCACAAGGUCUUAUUGGAGAGAGGAGAGCAAAAUCUGAAGAGGCUGAGAACCACAGGAGCAGGAAAACAGUGCUGUUGGAGAAAACCAAUAAUUUGACUGAGGAGCAUAACUGUGGGGGCAAGGACGAGGUUGGGGGAGAGCAUGCAUUGGCUGGUUCUUUCUGGAAGCUUAGUUCCGGGAGGCAGUCAGCUAGGAAGGAUGCUUUAGAGCAGAAGCAGAGUGCUUUCACUGAGGUCAGGAGGAUGAAAGAGAAGCUGAGGAAUGAGAGACUGCAGGAGCCAGAACAGGAGGAUGGCAUGGUCCCACUUGGUAAAGACCAGGUAUCAAAGGAAGUGUUGCUGAACUCCUCUGGUAGUGCAUUCUCCUUUGUUUGGCCCACCAGAGCUCGAGGAGAACAGAAGAGUGCUUUCAGCAAACCCAGUAAGUGUGUAACAGAAGGAGCUGCAGUAAAUUCUUCUCAUCCCAUGAGUGAGUCAGCAAAGAGCCUGGGGGAGCUGUCUGGCUUCAUUGCCACCGCAGACAUCAUGUGCUGCAGCACUCUUCUCAAUUCCAAGUUCUUUGUCAGUGAUUUGUGUAGUGCUCAGAUGCUGCAGACAAGCAUCACUCGGAGCAAUGUUUUCCCAUAUACCUCAGAACAGUGGCCCAAGCAAGCAGGACAGUUACAAAACACCACCACCACUUCCUCCUCUUCCUCCUCCUCCUCUUCCUUGACUCUUCUUCCCCCCACCUUCACAUCCUUUGGAGUGGCUGCCCAGAACUGGUGUGCCAAAUGCAACCUGUCCUUUCGCAUGACAUCUGAUUUAGUCUUCCACAUGCGGUCACAUCACAAAAAAGAAUACUCCUCAAGUGAAUCCCAGUGCAAGAGGAGACGAGAGGAGAAGCUGACAUGUCCCAUUUGCCAUGAGUACUUCCGAGAACGCCAUCAUUUAUCCCGGCACAUGACUUCUCAUAAUUAGAGCUGUGCAGACAGAUGCCACCAAGGGACCGGGCAGGUUGGAUGAAGAAGGGAAUGAUAGUUCACUUAAAUCUAUUUCUUUUUGAGUUUACAUUAAUAUCUUUCAGGAAAUCACUGUUUACAAUAAUUUAUAAGAGAUGCUUUGCGAAAAAAAAUAUAAAAUGUUUACAAAAGUCUGAGUGGGUUUUAAGUUUUGAAGACUCAACCAAGCCCUUGUCAACCUAUUUUUGAGGAAAUGAAAUAGUGAAAUGAAUCCACAUGCAGUGCUAAUUUGCAGAGUAGGGAACAAAAAAUUGAUUUGCAAACAGAGUUGUCUUUGCUUAUGUUUGAUUUGC